CCCUAGUUCCACAUGGCUUGUUCUGAGCCGCAGAGCGAUAGAUGUGGCUGGAAUGGCUCUCCAGGCCUCAGAAGGCCAGCCAGGCCUGGAAACUAAUGUGUUUGUCCCGCAGAGCCUGCAAGGGGAUGAGGAAGACAGCAUGUCAGGGAGAACCGUCAGUGAGCUGGAGCACACACAGGUCCUGGAGACUCCCGAUCUCCCACCUCUACUUCCCGUGGCCCCUGGGGGCUCUCAGGAGGAGCUGUCUCCAUGCCACCUGCUGACAGUGAGGGUCGUCCGGAUGAAAAACGUCCGACAGGCUGAUUUGGUGAGCCAAACAGACUGUUUUGUGAGCCUCUGGCUGCCCACCGCCUCUUGUAAGAGGCUGAGGACUCGGACCAUCUCCAACUGCCCAAAUCCAGAGUGGAAUGAGACCUUCAACUUCCAGAUCCAGAGCCGAGUGAAGAACGUGCUAGAGCUGAGCGUCUGUGAUGAAGACACAAUGACACCAGAUGACCAUCUCUUGACAGUUCUCUAUGACCUCACCAAGCUCUGCUUCCGAAAGAAAACCCACCUGAAGUUCCCACUCAACCCAGAGGGCAUGGAGGAGCUGGAGGUGGAGUUCCUGCUAGAAGAGAGUCCCUCUCCACCUGAGAGCCUCAUCACCAACGGCGUGCUGGUGUCUCGACAAAUGUCCUGCCUGGAGGUUCAUGCAGAAUCCAGGAGGCAGAAGAAGAAUAGGAAAAGGACGGACUUCCUGGUGACAGUGACGCAGUCCUUCGAGCACACCCAGCGCAUCUCAUGCAGCCAGGAGCCCUGCUGCCCAAAUCCUGCCUGCUUCCACUACCCCAAGUACUUCCAGCCCCAGGUACACGUGGAGGUGCCCAAGAGCCAGUGGAGCUGCAAGCUUUGCUGCUGCUGUGCGCACAAGAACAGCCCUGUCUGCCAGCCCCUUGAUUGCCUCCCCGAUGGCCAGACAGUGAACCUGCCUGUGAGCGAGAACUGUGAAUUGCACAUGAAGUCUACACCCUGCUCCCAGACGCUGGACGUGCGGCUGGGCUUCAGCCUGUGCCAGGCAGAGCAGGAGUUCCUGCAGAAGCGGAGGGUGGUGGUGGCCGAGGCACUGAAGCAGGUGUUGCAGCUGGAGGAGGACCUGCAGGUGGACGAGGUACCACUGAUAGCCAUCAUGGCCACUGGGGGUGGAACGAGAUCCAUGACCGCCAUGUACGGCCACCUGCUCGGGCUGCAGAAGCUGAACAUCCUCAACUGUGCCAGCUACAUCACUGGCCUGUCAGGGGCCACCUGGACCAUGGCUACCUUGUACCGUGACCCUGACUGGUCCUCCAAAAACCUGGAGCCUGCCAUCUUUGAGGCGCGGAGGCACGUAGUCAAGGACAAGCUGCCUGCCCUGUAUCCAGACCAGCUCUUGAAAUUCCGGGAGGAGCUUCAGCAGCGCAGGCAGGAAGGCUACAAGGUCACCUUUACAGACUUCUGGGGCCUGCUGAUUGAGGCCUGUCUGGGGGACGAGAGAAAUGAAUGCAAACUUUCAGAGCAGCGUGCUGCUUUGUGCCAGGGCCAGAACCCCCUCCCCAUCUACCUCACCAUCAAUGUCAAGGAUGAUGUAAGCAACCAGGAUUUCAGAGAGUGGUGCGAGUUCUCUCCCUACGAGGUGGGCCUGCAGAAGUACGGCGCCUUCAUCCCCACCGAGCUCUUUGGCUCCGAGUUCUUCAUGGGGCGGCUGAUGAGGAGGAUCCCAGAGUCCCGAAUGUGCUACAUGCUAGGUUUGUGGAGCAGCAUCUUCUCCCUGAACCUGCUUGAUGCCUGGAAUCUGUCCCAUACCUCGGAGGAGUUUUUCUACAAGUGGACAAGGGAGAGAGUGCACGAUAUUGAAGAUGAGCCGCUCCUGCCUGAAAUCCCUAAAUGUGAUGCCAAUGUCCUGGAAACCACAGUGGUGACACCGGCAUCCUGGCUGUCCAAUACUUUCCGCACCAUCCUCACCUAUCGAUCCUUCGUGUCUGAGUUCCACAACUUCCUGCUGGGACUGCAGCUGCACACUGACUACCUCCAGAGCAGCGAGUUCUCCAAGUGGAAAGACACGGUGCUGGACAGCUUCCCAAACCAGCUGACACCAUCCGUGAACCAUUUGUGCCUGCUGGACACUGCGUUCUUUGUCAACUCCAGCUACCCGCCCCUCCUCAGGCCUGAGAGAAAAGUUGACCUCAUCAUCCACCUCAAUUACUGUGCGGGGUCCCAGACAAAGCCCAUGAAACAAACGUGCGAGUACUCCACUGUGCAGAACAUCCCCUUUCCCAAAUAUGAGCUGCAGGAGGAGGAUGAUAAGCUGAAGGAGUGCUACCUGAUGGAGAACUCCCAGGAACCUGAUGCCCCCACUGUGGUUUUCUUCCCACUCAUCAAUGACACCUUCCAAAAGUACAAGGCCCCAGGUGUGGAGCGAAGCCCCGAGGAGCUGGAGCAGGGCCAGGUUGACAUCUAUGGUCCCAAAACUCCCUACGCCACCAAGGAACUGACAUACACGGAGGCCGCCUUUGACAAGCUGGUGAAGCUCUCCGAGUACAACAUCCUGAAUAACAAGGACAAGCUCCUUGAGGCCUUGAGACUGGCGGUGGAGAAGAAGAAACGCCUGAAGGGCCAGGGUCCUUCUUAAGUCCCAGGGGGCCUCACUGAUCUUGUCGCAGUCAGAGGCGCAGAACGCAUCAGGGCUGACCGGCCCGCACAGCUGGUUCUACUCUCCGGCAAGGGAUGCAGGCAGGCUGGUCUGGGCUUUCCAUCAAAAAAAUUAAAAUGAAAAAAAGUUGAGGAAGACAGAGAAAGAGACAAAGGAAAAUAACAAGGGGACAUACUGGGGUUUUAUACUCAUUGGAAUUUUUUUAAACCUUCCCUGCAGAGAAAGGGGUCCAAUAGCCGCAGGCUCCCACACAUGCCUAAAGUGUGGAGAAUAAAAGCAUGGCCAGGUUUUAUUUCUGGAAGAGGCUGGUUCCCCAGAAACCUUGGACUCAGAGCUGGAACUCCACCCACCCACACAGCCUACCCUCCCCAACUGCCAAUAAUCUUCUCUGGUGAAUGCACAAGAGGACCUGAGAAUCACUCUGGGUUCUCUGGAAAAAUGCCUUUUUUUAAAUUUAAGGCAGUUAUAUUCUUGUGAUGUUUAUAGACAGUUGUAUUUUGUGGUUUUUAUUUUUAUGCGUCAGCGUAUUAAUAGGAAGCGUGAUGCUUGAAGAUCCAGAUGGAGCGCUAGAGACACCUGGUCUCAACAACAGCACAGACAGGGGAUGGGAUUUCAGUGGCCCCUUGCCAGCCAUUCGGAGCCCCCGGAAUGGCGAUCUCCGUGACCCCAAUCAGGCAGCCCUGACUGAGCAUCCAGCUGCAGUGAAACACCAGGCAAAACCCAAGUCUACAGCUCAGAUUCGCCGAACAAGGAUCAGGGAUGGGGCUUAGGGAUGCCUGGGUGAUGCUGCCAGGUGCUGCCCACUCCAAGGGGCCCCUGCUCACUGGCCAGCUUGCUCCAGGAGGAGCACAUCUCAGUCCUCUUACCACCUCCUCUCUGGUUUUCAGAUGGGGUUAUUUAUUUCUAAAAGGGAUUCCUCUUAUUUAUUAUGUAAACACCAUGGCCAGCACAUCUCAACUCUUGAAGUCACCCUGAGAAAACAAAACCGGAAAGGACUGACCCAAGAAGGACUAGGUUAACCCUGAGGAAGAAGCUCAUCCUUGGAGAUGGUUUCCAUAUGAAUCGCUAGGAAACCCCUGGGACACAGAGCAGCCCAGUCAAAGUAUCCAGGUCUCCCAUCUGGCUGGCAACUUAACUAAGGAAGCAUGUAACCCAAGCCGUUGAGAUGCCUGGGCCGAUGGAAGGUGUGACCAGAAAGGCAUGUGGUCCACAUGAAGCCCAGCAAACCUGGAAGGCAUAGCUCUCUUUCUGGGCCAUCAGUCCUUUGGAUGUUAGUUGACAGGUGCCAAAAGUUUACCAAAAUUGUCCUCCAAUUUACAUCCUUGCUACUCCAAGUGUGGUGGGGAACUGGUUAGAAAUGCAGAAUCUCAGGCCCCACCCCAGCCAUACUGAAUCAGAAUCUGCAUUUUUAAGGAGAUUCCCACCUCGUCUCCACUGCCCCCAGGUGAUGCCUAUUCAUAUCAAAGUCCAAGAGGAGCAAAUGUAUGUCAUGCGCUCCCAUAAGCUAGAAGGCAUGAAUCCAUCAACUCCCCUGAGCCACUGAUAAACUGGGCCUCUGGACCUGCAAGGCUGGUCCCCUCCCAGAGAAGGCUGACCUGGGACGCCACCCCUCCCCCCACCAGAGCCACCAGCUGCCUCCACUUUGCCAUCUUUUCUUUCCAUCUGCAACCAGCAGGUUCUCCUUAAACUACCAGAGUGAACCAUGGGCAAGAUCUGUGUGUUGUAAGGUGAAGGCAGCCCUGCCUCAGAUUCAUCAAAGUAUGUAAAAUGAGGUUUAUUAAAUCAUUGUGUCACUUGA